UGUUUACGUGUCCUACGUGUCCCGGUGACGUGAAUGGUUUGAAGAGUUAACAGCAAAGCGGUUAGGCAACGAGAGCAAAAAAAAAAAAAAAAUAUACCGUCGUCGUCCCCGAUAGAUACGUGUGCAGUUGGAUACGUGGUACGCACGAUCCGUCCGAACAGCGUUGGAACUGCCAACGGGCCGCGUUUAGAGUCAUCGCUAGCCGUCGAAUUCGCAUAGUUUCACACGUUUCACGUCCGUCCGUACGCACGCGUCGCGCGUAAUAACCGUUAACGUCGAACGCAAAAACAUACAAUAUCCAUAGAAUGUAUUCAUUAAAGUCAUUCAUAAUUGUAGCACUAGUUUGCACAUCUUUAACCGUAUCCAGUUUAGAUACUGCUCGACUAUUGGUAUCCAAACAAGUUCUUAAUAAAUUACUUGUUCAAGACUCUGAUAUCCUAGUAAAAUAUACCAUUUACAAUGUGGGAAGUGUACCAGCUACAAAUGUUAUAUUACAAGACUCGGGAUUUCCUGCUGAAGCAUUUGCCACAGUAAAAGGAAAUUUGAACAUACGUUUUAACAGAAUACCUUCUGGAGCAAAUGUUACCCAUGCUGUAGUUAUUAAACCUUUGACAUAUGGCCGAUUUAACUUCUCAGCCGCAGUGGUACAGUACAAAUCGUCUGAAAAUGCUGAAGAGCCACAGUUCGCAAUCAGCAGUGAGCCUGGUGAAGGAUACAUUAUCAGUUAUGCUGAAUAUGACAAGAAAUUCUCACCUCAUUUGCUUGAUUGGUUUGCAUUCGCUGUUAUGUCUCUACCAGCCGUAGUUGCUCCAUUUAUGUUAUGGUGGGUUAGCAAGUCCAAAUACGAAUUAAUAUUGAAACAAAAACGUGAAAAAGUAUCUAAAGAUUAAAAUGAAUUAAAGAAAAACUUCCGUGUAACUUAUAUUAAGGAUUCUUAUGUUUAAUUUUGUUUAAUAUAAUUUUUUUAUAUGUAUCUA